AUGCACAACCAACACGUACUCGACCGCGCGUACGGCUUCAUUCCCAACCAUGUCCUCAAGCGCGCCUGCACCUCCCGCCUCGUCUACGCGCUGCAGCCGUCGCCCAGCGUAAACUUCAACCAGCAUCUGCCUACUCCCGAUGCUCCACACGAGCGCAUACCAGCCCACGCAUCUGGCGUAAGUGCGCUGACAGUUGAUAAGUUCGAGGGGAGGUAUCUGCUGUCUGCAGGCGCCGACAGUUCGAUCGCACUGUGGGAUCUUGAGGCGCAGCCGGGCACAACCGAGGUAGGCGAGACGUACACACCUCUGACUGCCGCAAGCAAGACGAGUGAAGAACACAAACUCGGCAUUACACAGAUACACUUCUACCCGUUCGACUCGCUGGCGUUCCUCACGUCGUCUUACGACCACACUGUCAAGCUUUACUCGAGCGAAACGCUCGCCACAUCUGCAUCCUUUGACUUGGACUCUGUCGUAUACAACAUCUCGCUGUCACCCGUGGCCUCGCAUCUACUUGUUGCCUGCGCCACACAGAAUCCCAACGUGCGUCUUGUAGAUUUGCGGUCUGGGGCGACGACGCAUAGUCUGGCGGGUCACUCUGGGGCAGUGUUAUCUACGGCAUGGAGUCCAGUUCGCGAACACAUUGUCGCCAGUGGGGCCACCGACGGCACUGUCCGGUUCUGGGAUGUGCGUCGCAGUGUGGGCGAACUGGCCAUGUUGGAUCUCGAAGACUCGGUUGGCCGACGUGGCAGCCAGUCCAUGUCCCUGUCUCGCAACGCAACAAUGAAGCAAGCACACCGGGGACCUGUCAAUGGGCUGAUAUGGACAGAAGAUGGGAGGCAUCUUGUGACAUGUGGCCAUGACGCGCGCAUCCGCGUCUGGGACACGGACACUGGGGCCAACACACUGGCAAACUUUGGCCCCAUGGUUAAAAACACAGGUCUGUCGCCACGGCUGCCUGUAUUUGCCCCAGUUGAGAGCGUACAGCCAGGUGGUGAAGUCAUCUUCUAUCCCAACGGCUGUGAAGUGCUGGUGUACGAGCUGUGGGAGGGCAAGCUGAUACGCCGCCUACGCCGCUCGCAACAGCGCUCACAUGGAGAGUUAACAGCCGGCAAUCGGCAACAGCCGGCCAAGGAUAGAAUCACGAGUUUGGCUUGGCGGGCGCACGAGGUUGAAAUGUACUCUGGGCAUGGGGACGGUAGCAUUAGUGCGUGGAAGCCGCGAACCGAGCAAGAUGCCGAGGCGGACGACGAAGAAGCGGCGGAACAAGAGGAGCGCGAGGUAGACAAGAAGAGGAAGAGGAGCGUGCUAGAUGAGAUCUACCAGGGCUUGACCAAGAAGCCAAUCACAUUUGGUAACAUGGGGCUGUAG